AUGCAGAUGAUCCGAAAACUUGCACCAACUGGCAUUGCUGCUGCUGAAAUUGAUGGAAUGACAAUUCAUUCAUUUUUAGGUGAACACCGUAAUUCAGGAAAGUCUCGUACCCUCAAAUCGGGUGAUUCCAAACUUGAAAAAGAAUGGGGUCUUGUUGAAUAUCUAUUGAUAGAUGAGAUGACCAUGGUUGGUUUAAGUUUACUUGCAACACUCAAUCGAAUUAUUUCUGCUGCUAAGCAUGCCGAUCCUCAGAUUCCAUUUGGUGGUGUGAAUGUUAUCUUUUUCGGUGACUAUUUACAAUAUCGACCUGUCUAUGAUGUACCAUUGCAUACCGAUUUGUCAUUACCGUCUAAAAAGAAAUCAAAUAAAUUACCUACUGAAAAAGAAAUUCAACUACGUCUUGCGCAUUCCUUGAUUCUGCAAAUUAACUGUGUCGUGAAACUUACACAACAGAUGCGAACAGAAGAUCUACGAUAUCUGCAAUUGUUGGAACGACUUCGUCAAGGACAAUGCAAUUACGACGACUAUGAAUUAUUACUAACACGCGUUGUUGGACAACCUUCCGCUCCAAUUCUUGGCUUUCACAAUGAAGUGCGAACACAACUGAACCAGAAAGCAGCGAUUCAUAAUGCAAAACAAUUGGGUUGUACAUUGAUGGUGUGUGUUGCUCAAAAUACUUGCAAAGGCAAACGAAUCGAAGACCCAAUACUCAUAAAAAAACUAUUAGAAUUAUCUGACAGUAAGACAGAACAUUUACCCGGUUUUUUACCAUUUGUUCUCGGAAUGCCUGUUAUUUUAACACAAAAUUUUGCUAUUGAAUUGGGUCUUAUUAAUGGCACGAAUGGAAUUUUUCGACAACUUGUUUAUGAAAAAGAUUCUGUCACAACAGAUGCUUCAUCUAACAUGUUUCCGAACAACACCCAAUACGUGCAUCUACCUUUAUAUGCCUUAAUUGAAGUUACCAGGUCAAAAAUUGAGUUUAACUUUGAAAAUCUUCAACCAAAGCUCGUUCCAAUACCAUUAGUAGAACAAACGUUUGGCGUCGACAUAACUGACAUCCUUCCAAAAGACAAAAAGCUAAAAUCAAAUCGUAAAGCAAUGCUGUCAAUUAAACGACGUGCACUGCCACUGGUACCUGCUUAUUGUAUUACGACGCAUAAGAGUCAAGGUCAAACAUUAUCUAAAGUUGUAAUUGAUCUGAAACUUCCAAAUGAUACUGACGACAUUGCUGCGGUAUAUGUACCUUUAUCACGCGUGAAGCGUUUGGCUGAUUUAAUUAUUUUACGUCAUUUUGAUUACAAAGUUCUGCUAAUCAAACCAAGUGAAUCUUAA